GGAAGUAUGAUCUCUGGAUAAGUAAAGAUAAGGGAGGAUUUGGGGACGAUCAGUGAGAAGAGGAAGAGCCUCUAUGGGGAGGUAAACUUGUGAUCUCUGUAUCUCACCUAGCAAUCUCUGCAGUCUUCAUUCUAGACGCUGCAAAAUAAACUGCGGUAUUUGGGGACCAUGGCUACAGACCCACUCUCGGAGCUUCAGGAUGACCUGAACUUGGAUGAUACCAACCAGUCGCUCAGCCAGCUCAAACUGGCCUCCAUAGAUGAUAAGAGCUGGCCAGCAGAUGAAGCCCCUGCUUUUCCCAAAUCAGAGGACUCCAAAGGCUCCCCUGAGCCCGUCACUCACCUGCAGUGGGAUGAUCCCUACUAUGAUAUCGCCAGGCACCACAUUGUGGAAGUAGCAGACCAGGGUGCACUUGAUGGGGCCCAACCAGGUGAUGACAAAUAUGGAAGGAAAGUCAUCUUGUUCAGUGCCUGCCGGAUGCCCCCAAGUCAUCAACUUGAUCACGUGAAACUGCUGGGGUACCUGAAAUUCACACUGGACCAGUAUGUGGAGAGUGAUUACACACUGGUGUACCUGCACCAUGGCCUGACCAGUGAGAACAAGCCCUCCCUGAGCUGGCUGCGGGAUGCCUACAGGGAAUUUGAUCGCAAGUACAAGAAGAACAUCAAAGCCUUGUAUAUUGUGCACCCAACCAUGUUCAUCAAGACCUUGUUGAUUCUCUUCAAGCCUCUGAUCAGCUUUAAGUUUGGGCGAAAGAUUUUUUAUGUGAACUUCCUUAGUGAGCUGGAGGAGUAUGUGAAGCUGGAACAGUUGGGGAUCCCAAGCCAAGUGCUGAAAUACGAUGAAUAUCUGAGAUCCCUGCAGAAACCUUCACAAGUGCCCCAGAAGCCAACACCCCCACGCCCACCACUGCCAAACCAGCAGUUUGGAGUCUCGCUCCAGCAUCUCAGGGAGAAGAGCCCUGAUCAGCCUCCUGUUCCUCUGGUGGUCAGAGACACCAUUGCUCAUUUGCAGGAGCAUGCUCUUGCUACAGAGGGGAUUUUCCGGAGAUCAGCAAAUACACAGGUUGUCAGGGAGGUCCAGCAAAAAUACAACAUGGGUGUGCCUGUAGAUUUCCAGCAGUAUGAAGAUGUCCACCUCCCUGCUGUGAUUCUCAAGACCUUCUUGAGGGAGCUACCUGAGCCCCUCCUCACUUUUGGCCUCUACAGCCAUGUUGUCAGCUUCCAGAGUGUGGAGGAAGUGAAUCGUGUGGAUGUUGUUCGCAAAACACUCCAGACUCUGCCAGAAGAAAACUACGAAGUGCUCCGUUUACUGACAGCCUUUCUGGUGCAGGUCUCUGCUCACAGUGACAGAAACAAGAUGACAAACACCAACCUGGCAGUUGUGUUUGGCCCAAAUCUGCUGUGGGCCAAAGAUGUAGCCAUCACCUUAAAAGCCAUCAACCCCAUCAAUACCUUUACCAAGUUCCUGCUGGACCACCAGAAGGAACUCUUUGAGGAUGUGGAGGCCUGAAUCCAGGCCAGCCCACAGCAGCACACUGUGCCCACCUUCCCACCUUCUUUCCCACCUUGUCUUGGAGCUGUGACCAAGCUGUCUCCAGUGCAAAGGGACCAUUGAUCCUCUGGGUGAUGAGCAGAGCGAGGGCUGUGGAGAUGGUGGAGAAAGGGUGUAAGUAAGUGAGCAGGAGACCUGCUGCUCCGGAUGGGGAGGGGAGCUGGUCUCCCAGCUGCUGAGAGUGGAGUCCUAACCCACUUGCCAGUCUGUGCAGCUCCUCCAGGGCUCAUCACCAGUCUGCUGCCCUAUCAAAUGACCUGCCUUCCUUUCCUCCUUCCCUCACAUGCAGUUUUUCUGCCCUUCUGGUCCCUUCCUCAGCAAAGAUCUUUUUUGUUUCAGCUCCCAAUAGCCCCAGCUCACCCCCCUUGCCUCAGCUGGGCUGUCUGGGCUAGGGCAGGCUUGCUGGGUUUUGUGGCAGAGAUGUUCUUGCUGCGAGUGCCAUCUCUCAGCACUGAACAUGCAUCCUGCCUUUCCCCAGAGGCACCUAAAGCAGGGAAGGGAGCCAGGCAGCCCUUGUGCUUCAGGUAGCAGCAUGUCCUGCACUUGCAAACACCACUCUAGACCCCAUGCUUUUGACAGGCAAGUGAAGGACAGGCUCACGGCACGUGGGCUGUAUUACCUGUCAGACUCCAAUACAACGAAGCUGAAUUUAGCCGAAACCCCUCUGGGGUCACCCACUCCAGAUACUAUUCAGUGUUUGCUGGGGUGUAGUGGGUGAGGUGCCUCCCAUAGUUACCUAGCUCAGGCGUGUUUGUCCCUCCAGCAGCAUUUCCAGCCCAGCUGGGAAGGUUCAUGCCAGACCUGGCUGUGCGGUGGGGCUGGCUGGGGCCCUUGGACAGCUGGUGAGUCUGAAUGGCAGGGAGUAAGUGCCCUGGUGGGACUGAACUGCUGAACACUAUGAGGAUCACUGCCUUUCCCUGUGGCAGCAGCACAAGGCCUCUUCUCUGUCAGGCAUGUGUAUCUGUGCUGACUGGCACAGACCACCUUGGCUAGUUGUCUUUUUGAGCAAAACUUUCCCCAGCACAGUAUAACAGAGACCAUGGCCUUGAGGGAAGGUCUAGGGACUGGGGCUGACACUCACCCUGGAGUGUGCCAGGCCUGGAUUAUGAAUUUCUGCCCAGGUGCUGAGCAGUCAUGUGCCAAACCUGUGAGAGAACAGCUAUUCCAUGCCAAGGGCCUUUGCCCCGUCUCCUCCUCGGUUCAUACCUUCCUUCCAUCCUACCAUGGAAGCCUGCAUCCUGUAUGCCUUGGGCAUGGCUGGAGAGAUCGGGUUGUCCACAAGGCAGGCUCAGAGCGGGGUGGGCCUAGCACCUUCCCAAAGCAGCUGCAAUACUGUUAGGGCAUCACUGUUGGUUUUGGGUUGCAGCAUUCCCGUUACCUGAGCUAAAAGAGGUCGCUCUCCUUGGCCUGGGCCCAGCAGGGUGUUAGUAGGGAGCUUCUAGCCUUACUUCACUGAUGUAUUAUAUCUUUCUAUCUUGUGCCCUGUGUGCCUGGGCCAGUCCUCCCUGCUGCGUCUGGCCACAGCGACAAAUCUUUUGGACCAAGCAGAACUAAUUUUUAAAAAGCUACUGGAUGCUAAAUGGAAUUUGCUUUUUCAUAUUUUAGCCUGUGUUUAAACACUGACCAAAGGUCGGUACCCCAGUUGUAAUCAAAAUAAGUGACAUCUGCUGCAGGAAUUACGGAAAUUGCUCUUUUUGCUAAGCUCUGGAAUGGGGAUAGGCGUGAACAUAGGCAGCUCUGCGGGGCAGCGCAGGUCCAGCCAGCUGGCUCGGAGGAGGCACACCAACACGUGGGUGGGAACAGUGAGCAAGAAACUGGGCAUUACUAAGGCUGGAGCAAGAGAUUUUCUAGGAGAGGGCUUGGUCUGAUCCCUUCUAGAUACUGGGGGACUUUGCCUUAUGGAGGCUACAAGGCUGCUUAGUCUCCCUCUUCCAAGAGUAGGAGUCUUCCCUGUUUGGCCAGGGUAUGAAUUGUUUCAACCUGAACAGUUCACAGCAGUAACCAAAUAAAUAUUUUGGAGGUAGAGAUACUCGGCUCCUAAUUCACCUGUGAUCUCUGCUAGAGUAAGUUAGCAGGGCUGAUGUGCUGUGGAGGAGUAAUCUCCUGGGAUGGACAGCGUGGAGAGAGGUGUACUUGCCCCAGUGUUUAAGAGGCAAGGCUUUCUGGACAGCCUGGGAGGAGCGUGGAGGCUGAGGGAGCCCAGUGCAGCCUCUCUUUCCCUGCAGGCACCCGGCUCUAUGUAGGCUUCAGUAUGGGAGGAGACUUAGUGUUCUGACUGUAUCUGCAGCUGACACUGGCCUCGCUUGGACCCCCUAGAGGAAAGGCAAACCCCGCUAACUUCUCCUGGGACAAACAAGCCCAAGGUCGGCAACUUGGAACGGGAAGUGCCUGUGUGCUGGGGCACAAGGCCUUGGCCCUAUGCGCAGCCCCGGCUCCCUGGGGAGGGUGGCGCGUUCCAGCCCUGCAGAGCAGCAAGGACUGUUCCCUGCCCAGCAGUGAGAGGAGCAGUGCUGGGGUGGCUUAGCUCCUUUCCAGGGGGAGAGCAGGGAUUGCUGCAAGCAUCCAUCUUCUGGCUGGAAUUUUUUUGGU